AUGCUUCCUAGGACCCCUCUCCUUCUCUCCAUCCACUACGUCCUUGUCCUCGACGCGCCACACUUCCUCUCGUGCCCACCGCCCACCUCAGAUACGCCGGGGACAAUGGCGUCUCGCUCGUCCAAUGUCUUUGGUCCUCGUGUGCAGGCAGGCCGUCCGCUUGGGAGAGAGAUUCUACUCCGUGUUGACGUUGAAGGGGCAAAUGGCCUACCUCUCAAGGCGGGAUCGCAAUAUCCCAACACUCGCUUAUUAUGUCAACUCAGAUUUGAAGCUCUCUCGGACGGAGGAGAGUACACUCUAGAUACCUCAAGUGCAUAUGAAGGUCAUGGAUCCCUUCAGGGCACGGUCCAAUGGAACGAGACCCUCUAUAUCCGGUGUUUGGAACUGUCCUACAUCAACGUUAAUAUGAGCUUCGGAAGUAAGAACUACAUGGCAGCGUCCAAAAAAAUGUGCAUGCCCGUUAUCAACUUCGUUUCCGCCACUCAGAUACCACUCGUGGCUAUUGGAUAUCCCAAUCACGGCCCAUGCAACUUGUUUCUUUCCGUCACCCGAGUCGUCCCCGAGGGCGAGGAAGAGGAUUCCGAUCUCAGUGCUUCAUGUGCGCAGGCCCGACACGAUCAGGGUCACAUUGGUCCGACGCUGCCAGCCGGCGUAUGGAAUACUGCAUUCAGUCAGAUGUCACUUUUACUUGACACUAUUUGUCGGUGGCAAUGGAAGCCUCGCUCGCCACGUCCGCCACGUUUCCGAUUUGGCCCUUGGGCUCAUGGCCAGCUCUACAGUGCAUACCGAGAUCGUUACAGUGGCAUGGAAGGAAAUGAUCAGCUCGAAAAAGAUCUAGGGAGCGUCUUUGCGUGCAUACAGGAGUUUAUGAAUGUGAUCCGACAACCUGUCGCACGUGCACGCGAGUCAAGUAAGGACCGUUACAUAGAGCUGACUAUGAAUGCGGUAUAUGGCGCAGUGUCACACAUAUGCGAGCCGAGCACCAAGUAUUGGCAGAGCUACCAUGAAACAUACGUGGCAGAGUCAGCGAAGCUUGCCUGGAUCAUCGUCACACCAGACCCACCCGCAACGUCCGCAGGCACUUCAACGACGAUAGCUAAAGAUGCACUUCUCCUUGUCUUGGAGGCAAUUGUACAGUCGUCGGACGCAUUUCCUCCGCUGAAGAGCGCAGCUAGCGGCCUGCUCUUCUUUGCUACCUGUGCAGAUACAGCAUGCGGUAACAAGAAGCAGAUACGCGACAUAUACAAGCGCAUACACGGUUUGGCCGCUUCGCUCAAACGCGGCACCAAGACGGGGAGCCGGAUCACCCCCGAACAUCAGGAGGCCAUCGAAGUUCUUGCAGCGUACGUUCUCCGAGAAGUACACCGCAAGGACUGA